CCGAUGAUGAGUAUGUCCUUGAACAUGAGGUCCUCCGUAAGGACGCGCUCGCUGAAGCGAAGAAAUUGGAGAUAUGUCCCGUCGGCGUGGACAAAAAAGAACCCAUUCCGGGAUGCAAGUCUUGCACCAACACCGAGAUGACUUACUGCAAGGAUGGAAGUGUCAUCAACGAUCACUGCUGUUGCGAUGGCAGUUUCAACAGUAGGUAUUCCAAAGUGUUUCCAUUCGUCGAGCACACUUGUCGCGUGGGACCAGAGGAAUGCAAAGUGCAGGCUGGAGACUGCGCCGAAUAUACGAGACUGCGAGAAUGUUGUUGCCAUUCGUACUUGGCCUCCGUCUGGAAAUAUAGGGCGACUGGCGCAGGAUCACACGCCAGCACGAAUCUUACAAAGUUCCUGACGAUUUUAACGAUACUCAGGUUGCAUUUGUUGUUAACUUAAAAUGCACAUUCGCAAUGUUAAAAAAUUAUUUUGUAUAUUAUUAUUUUAAUAAAUUAUUUUUGCAUUGAAAGAGAAUUCUUCGCGAUACGAUGAAAAUAUUAAAUAAAUAUAUUUUUGUGAAACAUACGUAUUUUAUAAAGCAGGCAAAGCUUAAUUACCAGGUA